AUGGGAUCAUUCGAGAACGGACAGGCUACUGAGCGCCGCUUUGGGACCCUGGCGGUCCACGCCGGUGCUCCUCACGACCCCUCGACUGGCGCUGUCAUUGCUCCGAUCUCUCUGUCCACUACCUUCGCUCAGACCAGUGUCGGUAGCCCCGUCGGUCUGUAUGAGUACACCCGCAGCUCUAACCCCAACCGGGAUAACUUUGAGGCUGCCAUUGCCGCUGUUGAGCACGGCAAAUAUGCCCUUGCUUUCUCUUCUGGCUCCGCAACCACCGCGGUCAUCCUGCAGUCCUUGGCUGCCGGGUCCCACAUCGUCUCGGUCUCCGACGUGUACGGUGGUACCCACCGCUACUUCACAAAGGUCGCCUCGGCUCACGGUGUUGAUGUCACCUUUUCGCCCGCCAUUGAGGAAGAGGUGGAGAAAUUGAUCCGCCCCAACGAGACCAAACUUAUCUGGAUUGAGACUCCUUCCAACCCCACUCUGAGCCUGGUGAACAUCCGGGCUGUCUCCGAGAUUGCUCACCGCCAUGGCAUCCUGGUUGUUGUCGAUAACACUUUCCUGAGUCCCUAUGUCCAGAACCCGCUCACCCACGGCGCCGAUAUCGUCGUGCACUCUGUCACCAAGUACAUCAAUGGUCACUCCGAUGUGUUGAUGGGUGUUGCCGCUUUCAACUCCGACGCCUUGAAGGAGCGCCUCACUUUCCUCCAGAACGCUAUCGGUGCCGUUCCUUCUCCCUUCGACUGCUGGCUUGCCCACCGUGGUCUGAAGACCCUCCACCUGCGUGCUCGCGAGGCUACGAAGAACGCCACCGUUGUGGCGCAGGCCCUUGAGUCUUCUCCCCACGUCAUCUCUGUCAACUACCCCGGUCUUGACUCUCACGCUCAGCGUGCUAUUGCCCUCAAGCAGCACCGCGAUGGCAUGGGCGGUGGUAUGCUCAGCUUCCGCAUCAAGGGCGGCCAGGCUGCUGCCCACAGCUUCUGCCAGCACACUAAGAUCUUCACUCUGGCUGAGAGUCUAGGUGGUGUCGAGAGUCUCUGCGAGGUCCCCGCCAGUAUGACCCACGCCGGUAUUCCUCGCGAGCAGCGUGAGGCCGCCGGUGUUUACGAUGACCUUGUCCGUAUUAGCUGCGGUGUUGAGGACGCCGAGGACCUCCAGGCUGAUGUGCUUAAGGCACUUGAGUUGACCGUUGUUGGUUCCAAGGCCUAA